UUUUGAUGUCUUAAUGUGUGAAUAUGGGCGCUGGGAAAUUUUCUGGGGAUUUUCCCGGCGAGAGGUUUGGCAACGUCGCAAGGAGCCACCUUCAGCUAUCCACACACCCCAGCCAGUUACGGCUACGGCAUCAACUUGGCGCGAUUAUUGUGCUACCGUUCAAGUUUCGAAGCGGACUGAAAAAGCUGAAAAAAAGGCCGAGGAAGCGGGAAGUAGGGAGACGGUGGAAGUGCGACGUGCAUGAUGGAACCGGUCGCGGUGCUCAAGAGAUGGCUGUGAACGACGACUCGCUGGGACGCCAAUCCAAUUUCUCCAUUAUAGUCGGAUCGAAGUCUCUUUUGAAAGAACUAAACCGCGAAACGAUCUUCGAUUGUUGCACGGUAUAAUUACCUGGGAAGCUAAUUAAGAAGCGCGUGUGACGCACGUCAAAACAGACGGAAUUUUUGCCAGUUUUUCGACCGAAAAUCGCAGAAAAUGGUAAUGGAGAACAAUUCGGUGUCUCCGAUGCCUGAGCUAGCGCCGAUAGCGGAAUUCGAUAAAACGCCCCCGACCCCGCCCGACGACACCGUACCGAUGGAUGAUUUACCGCCUCCGCCGAAUACCGUCGUAAAUGUCCAAGAGGAGAAAGAAAAAGAGGCCGCCGCCGAAGCCAAAGAACAUCGACAUUACGAAGAGGAGAAUGAAUGGGGCUGCGGCAGCUGGUUGGAAUACACCCUGGUGGUGGUAUGCGCCAGCAUACUGCUGCUCGGAUCGUUGGCGCUCACCCUCUUCUGGGUGAUACAGUACCAACACGGGUUCGCUUGGAGGGAGGAUCCCAGGAAAGAGUUCAACUUACAUCCCGUUCUUAUGGUGGCGGGUUUCAUCACCUUCAGCGGAUUUUCUAUACUGCUGUACAGGAUAUGCAGAUGCUGCCGGAGGAUCUACGUUAAACUGUUGCACACUGUGUUCCAUGCUUUGGCCAUUCCUUGCGUAGCCGUUGGAUUUUUGGCUGUAUUAGAUUCGCAUAAUCUCGAAAAUCCUCCAAUUAAAAACUUUUAUUCGCUGCACAGUUGGAUCGGUUUAGUUACUAUGGGAUUGUUUGCUAUACAGUUCAUCGUUGGUUUCUUCAGCUUCCUGGUGUUGCUGUGUUGCGAAGGAGCCACGGCUGGAUUUAGAGCGGCUCUUGUUCCAAUCCACGCUUCAUUCGGACUAACAACAUUCAUGUUAGCUAUUGCGGCCGCUCUAACUGGUCUACAGGAGAAGGUUUGGUUUUCGCUAAGGGACACGUACUCGGCGACCGCCUGGCCAGAGGAGGGAAUCAUCAUAAAUUCUUUGGGCAUGGUGUUGGUUGCUCUGGGGAUCUUGGUUUCCUUCGCAGUGCGCAGCCCGACGUUGAAAGGCCACACCAAGCUAACGGUGACCGACAGAUUGUAGGAAAAGGCGCUGUCAAGCGCCAAAGUCUCGGACGUGAACGCCACUUUAGAACCGGAGAGGUUCUAAGUUUUUUCGAUAUUAUUUUAGUUUAUUUAAAUAAUGCAUGUGUAGUUUAGUAGGUUUCUGGUUUGCCAAUGCUUUCCGGCCGAUUCGCGCCGCGGAAGAUGUACUAAUAACGGUUGUAAAGGGGACGAUGAGAGUAUAUUUCGACCCCGAAAUAAUGUUUACAAUUGGGGACGAGCAGUAUAUUUAUCCGACUGCAGAAUAUAUGUAUGCCAAAAUGUUAGAUGUAAGUUCAUUAAAUUUAGUCAAUGGUAGGUUAAGAUUUAAUAAAUUAAUUGUUGAAGUUUGAAAUUUUGUAAAAUCUCCGAAGCGCAAAUCAAGAACGAAGAAAAAAUAUGAACUACAAUGUAAGGAGUCAAUUUUAGAAAUACCUAAUUAUUCACUAGUUUAAUAUAGGUAUUGCGUAUAACUCAAAUCAAUUGUCUACUUCUCACACAAUAAAUUUUUACAGCAGGAAAAUAUUUUUUGCUUCACAUGAUCUGAUGAUUCAACCACAACCUGCGACCUUCAGGAAUUUACUUAAAAUUCAUAUACAAUUGAAAAAUAAUUGCUUUACUAAUCUCUAUUACCCACAAAAACAAGACUAGAGUAUUUUGUUAAACCAAUAAAAACAAUUUAAUUCUCCAUCGGAUUUAUCUCGGAGAUUUUAUAAAAUUUUUUGUUUGAACAAGUCUUUACGCCUCAAACGGCUUUUCAAUCAAGAACAUUCCUUCUAAUUGAGAGAAAAUUCCGAGAUAUCGGAAAGGUUAAUUCUUGUCAACGCUUGGAUUAACUUUUCAGAUUCUCUUAAUUUGGAAUCAUUAGUUUUAUAGGUAAAUCGCUUUGAUUCCGUCGUGUUCGAGAUGAUUUUUUUUAUUACAUUUUUUAAUCAUUUCGAUAGUGUAGAAAAUCAAAGCUAAUAUUAUCUUAACCAGACUUAAUUAACUAAAAAAACCUGAAAAAGUGUACACGUGAAUUAAACAACGGUUAUUUUAGUUGAUUGAAUAUUGUUAGAUGAUUGAAACCCACUAGUUUAGUGAACAAGUAUAUUAGUCGUUAUUUUAUACUGUAGUAGGUAAUAAAUGUGUGCAUGUGUAAAUCAAAAAAAAAUUAAGCUCAAAAAGUAAUCAAAAAUCAAUACUCGUGCGUGUUAGAUUAGUGGAUAGAGGUAAUUCAUGUUAACUAAUAAGCGUUUGCAAGGGAAGCGAUAAGAUCGACAACCCCUUAGCGGUUUUCUUGCAAACAAAAUUAGGCGUUACGGUUGUUUUUAAGGUAUAUCUGUUUUUCGAUUGGCAAAAUGAAUUGUUUGAAAACGACGAAUGAGUUCGGACGGGACAUUAUCGAUGAACAACGGGACGUUUUGUUAAUUUCUUUUUUUCUUAAAAGAAACUUUACGUUCAGUGCAUAUCCGAGUGUCGUGAAACUAUGCAUUAGUAACAAUUUAUUGGACGUUUUUGUUAAAUGGAUUCCGUGGUUUCCGUACUAUUUAUAAAAUUUUAACGUUUAGAGUUUAUUUUAUCGAAUAUAUUUAAAGUACAAUUUAUUUAAUGGACCAAUUUUAGAAUUAUAUAUAUUGUUUGUUGCGAUAUUGAUAUAUGUUGCAUUAUUUGUUAUAUUGAUAUACUCUACUUCUUAUGUUAUUUAAUAUAUUCCAGAUUUUUAGAUGUUAAAUUAAUACUAUGUAAGUUAUUGAUAUGUACAAGUAAUGUAAGUUUUAAUAAAUGUAUUCUCCAGUUGUAA